AUGGAACAAGAAUACUGCAUGCGUGACGAUUACACGAACGUGGCGAUUCCUUUUCGCUCGCUGUAUGGAGGUAAGUUUAAUUUAUAGGGAAACCUUAUUCUUGCUUCUAACUCACAGAGUUAUAUAUUGUGGGGUUUUUUUCAUGUCAUUUCUGCAACAAUAUAGUUAUCCGCAUGUAUAUAUAAACGUUUUUCUUUCCCUGAUAAAUAAUCUUUUCGUUGUAGAUGUUUGUCCUUUAACAAAAGAUAUUCUCUCUGAAGCGACGUAUGAUUUCCAUAAUCAUUGUGGCAUGAAGUGUUUGCAAAAUCCAUUCUGUGCUGGAUACAAUUUUAAGAAAAAACACCAGAAAAAGACUUCAAACUGCCAGUUAACACACACGCUGGAUCACAACUUUCAUGAUUGCAACGCUGAUGACAAAGGCUGGAUAUUUUAUCAUCCCGUUGCUCCAAGAAAGGUACGAAACUGCAGUAAAAUAUAUACUUAAUAAACUUUGCCAAAAUUAGCUUAUCUAGUAUAAGCAAUAGGGUGUUUAAGCUUCUCGUUUCCGGGAACGGCAAAUCGCAGGUUCGAACUAAUUCUUGGCAAAAUAUUCGUUGAACGUUUUCGUUUCAUACUUUCUUUCUUGUGUCGAAAGAAUAAUCAUGCAUUGCAAUUUUAAAACCCAGGCAGUUAAUUAGUGGAAAGAAUGCAUGAAAAUUAAGCGAUCUUCACAAAUUUUCCUAUUAGCUAUAUACCUUAUAUUGUUUAAUAUACAGCUUAUAGGCCAAGAUGCCACCAUGCCAACGUGCAACGUAUUCCACUAGGCAACAAGUAAAAAAUGAUUAAAAAUCGUUGUCCACCUGAACGGUUCAGGCUACGUGCAUGUAUAUAAAUAAACAAAAUUUAAGCAGAACUUGCCAGUUUAUAAACUGAGACUGUCAGUUCCACGUUUGUGUUAAAAUAAAGAAUGUAUAAAAGAUAAGAAACAUACACAACAGACAACAGCUAGGGUAUGCAGCUGAAACCGUUUAAGUAGGUUAGUUUAGUUAAAACUCGUUUAUAUGGAGUUUUUAUUUGUCAUGAAAUGCAAUAAUUUAUUGCUGUCAUAAAUACAGGCUAUUAUGUUGCUGAUUUUACUUUUGUCGCUAUAUAACAAGACGACGUAUAUAUAUACGCGUUGCAUGCAUGUGUGAUGGUUUAAACAGCCAGGUGAUCUUGAUACGCGGAAAAGUACUGGCACUAGUUGUCAAAUAGAAAUCCAUUUUAUGAUUAAAACAACUGAAUAUCUCCUGUAAUAUACUUUAUUUCGAUUCCAUAUUUUUGUCAGAGCUAUAGUUCUCAUAACCAAACAUAGUUACAUAAAGAAUAACGAAAGAUAUAAUUGACUGAAUACAUCAAAAUGGAUUUCUAUUCGGACAACCCUUUCUGAGCGCUGAUUGGCUAAAAUACGAACACGAGAUCACCUGGAGUACAACUAAAAUUGUAACCAGGUUGCAUGCGACAGUUUUAGGCAAAAGUUGUGUAGUGUAAAAAACCAGUCUAUAUAUCUAGAAUGGUUUAGAGUCAAAUUUGUAUUCAUCCUGGCUUUGGACUCAAUUAUAUUUGUGAGAAAAUUGUAGCUAAAUACUUUUUUGAGAAAAUUGUAUACUAUACAGUUGAUGCACUAUUGCAUCUUUUUACUCUAUAGUUCCAAAAAUGAAAUAAAUUUAAUGAAAAAGUUGGCUAUAUUUGAAGACAUCCAUGCACUGCGGUAAAAUUAUCAUUUAAAAAUUGCUCUCAUUUAAAAAUACCGACCAAUAAUCAUUAUAGUUAAUUUGUGAUGUUAUUCUGUCAGUUUCAGCUUAUAUAAACAAUUAAAUUUGCAGGCUGAAUUUCUCCUAGUUUAUGGUGAGCUGAAUUCUAACACAUUUGUUUCGCAGUUUCCGUGUAAUAAAAUGAAGAGUUGUAAAAAUGGAGGAAAGACGAUCAUUUAUCUCAAAGAUGGACCUGGUUCUGAUCCGUACAGGUGUGAAUGUCUAAAGGGAUUCAGUGGAGAUCUCUGCCAAAUUGGUGAGUUGUUAAAGGAAAAGAUACAAAUGAAAUAG